GGCACCUUGAAGGCCCAGAAAGAAGGGAAAGACAGAAAGAUGCCUUUUGGUCAUUUAAAGAGCUAAGAGUUAACAGUGCGAAAGGGGAGGAACCAAUAACGUUGCAGCCUUUCCUCCAGUUCUCUCUUCCACCUGGAGUGAUAGAUGUCCUUUAGCACAAGUGGAGCAAAAUCUGCAGGGUGGAAAACCAGAAUUCAGCCAGAAUUCGAAGAUAUUGAUCCAUGCUCUGGCCUCUACUUUAAGCAGUCCUGCUUCCAGACGUAGGACAGCACUGGGCACACACCAGGAUACCUGAAAAAUGUUCCUCAGGAACGUAGAUUGCAGUUUCCAGCUUAGAGAAGUUGGAGUAUGUGCCAAGUUAAGCUCCAUAAAGGAGCUGUGCUCGUAGUUUGGCCAAAAAGAAUUUUAUUGCUGAGGGGAUAAAUUCGGCAUUCCUGGAGUGCUGGAAAGAUUGGAUUGCUCGUGCAUUUUUGUGUGCAUUCUACCUUACAUAUUAUCUGUGUGUACCCCUUCUGCCUGAGGACUGGAAUAUUAUGCCAAGAUAAAUCCAUUAGCCAUGGAAGCUGAAGAGACGAUGAACUGCAUUCAGGAAUUUCCAGAUCAUUAUAAAGUAAUUUUGGACAGACUGAAUGAACAGCGAGAGAAGGAUCAGUUCACAGACAUCACUCUGAUUGUGGAUGGGCAUCAUUUUAAAGCUCAUAAAGCUGUUCUUGCUGCUUGCAGCCAGUUUUUCCACAAAUUCUUUCAAGACUUCACUCAGGAGCCGCUAGUAGAGAUAGAAGGUGUCAGUAACAUGGCAUUUCGUCACUUAAUUGAGUUCACUUACACCGCCAAGCUAAUGGUCCAAGGAGAAGAAGAAGCAAAUGAUGUCUGGAAAGCAGCUGAGUAUCUUCAGAUGUUAGAAGCCAUUAAAGCACUUGAAAUCAGGAACAAAGAAAAUUCAUUGCCACUUGAAUCAAAUCAGGCACAAGAUAAAAAUAAAGCCAAAAAGAGGAAGAUAGCGGAGACCUCUAAUGUUAUCACUGAAACAUUACCUUGUGCAGAAUCGGAGCCUGUUGAAAUCGAGGUAGAGAUUGCAGAAGGGGCUAUUGAUGUGGAAGAAAAUAACAUCGAGGCGCUUGAGGAGGUAGCUUCUGCUGAACAGUCUAUAAAGUACAUACAGACCACGGGUACUUCAGAUGAGUCUGCUUUGGCCCUUCUGGCAGAUAUCACCAGCAAGUUCCGCCAUGGGGAAAGAAAAAGUGACAUUCAGGAGGAGUGCGACAGUGCGUCCGAUCCGACAGGCAAACAGAUUGAAGGCAUCGAGAUCAUGGAACUCCAGCUGUCGCAUGUCAACAACCUCUUCCACUGUGAAAAGUGUAACCGUUCAUUUAAAUUGUUUUACCACUUUAAGGAACACAUGAAAACGCACUCCACUGAAAAUUACAAGUGUGACCUAUGCAACAAAAGGUACCUGCGUGAAAGUGCAUUGAAGCAGCACCUUACUUAUCACCACCUUGAUGAAGCUGGAGCCAACAAGAAACAAAGACCUGGCAAAAAAAUACACGUCUGUCAGUACUGUGACAAACAAUUUGACCACUUUGGUCAUUUUAAAGAGCAUCUUCGGAAACACACAGGUGAAAAGCCAUUUGAGUGUCCAAACUGCCACGAACGAUUUGCUCGGAACAGCACGCUCAAAUGUCACCUGACGGCAUGCCAGUCCGGUGCUGGCGCUAAAAAGGGGCGGAAGAAACUUUAUGAAUGUCAGGUCUGCAACAGUGUGUUUAACAGCUGGGAUCAAUUCAAAGAUCAUUUGGUAAUACACACAGGUGACAAGCCCAACCACUGUACCUUAUGUGAUGUGUGGUUUAUGCAAGGCAGUGAACUAAGGAGGCAUUUGCAAGAAAUUCACAAUAUUUCUGAGCGAAUAGUGACUGACGACAUUCUUCCUGACAGCGAUCCAGUAGCAUCCAUGACUAUCAUAGAGCAGGUUGAACAAGUCCACGUGUUGCCCGUCAUUCAGGUCCAGGUGGACCCAGCACAAGUGACUGUAGAGCAGGUACACCCAGAUUUGAUACAGAAUAAUCAAGUGAAAGCUGAACAAAUAGCAGAGUUACAAGAGCAGGUGGAGAUAAGCUACUUGGAAGUAGAGCACAUUCAGACUGAAGAAGGAACUGAAGUGCAUAUGGAGGAGCUUGAUGUGGAACACGUAAACCAGUUACAAAUGGAAGAGGUCCAGGCACAGCUUAUAGAGGAAACUGAUCUAGAACGAGUAGGAUCGGAACCCACAGAUCAAGGAGAACUGGAAGCAAGCACCCCUGCUCAGGUGGAAGCAGCACACACAGCAGAUCAUGAAGAAUCUGAUGAUUUAAAAACUCAGCCAAUAGUGGAUGUGCAAGAGGAAAAAGUGUAGACUUGGGAAAUGUUGACUGCAUUAGCUGUGAUUUGAAAAAUGUAAUACCAAAUUAUUUUUGUUAAUUUUCUUGUUUGACUUUUUGCACCACUGAUAGAUGGUUCUCUUAUAUGGAUGCCCUUAGGAAUGUGCACAGGUGGACCAAAGUUGGGAGAUUUGAUUAAACUGCCCUUCUUGUACUUUGGGGAGUGAGGGAGGGAACCCUCCCACACACUUUAUUUACAAAGGGGGAGGACAAAUUACCAUGGAACAAAGUCUGUUAAAGAGAUGGACAGCUCUGUGUGAAGUUUAAUUGUAAAGUUUCCAUAGGUUGUACCAUUAGUUUAUGCUGUUGUCAUUGUCUGAGACUUCUGAAGCAAGUCCUGUUCUCCUUGCAGAAUAUGAGUUUAGAGUUAAAACUAUGAGGUUACAACAUUCAUAUGGAUUAUCUAAGGACAGUUGAGUGACCUGUUUAGAAACUUCAAGUAACUUUUUUUUUCCUUUCCCCUUCAGUAUAUUUCAGUAGCUGCAAUCCUUGUUUGUUUAUGUUCUUAAGUUUAACCACUGCCAUCUUAACCUAGAAAUUGAUUAGUUCGGAGGUAGAGGGUGCUAUUUGUGUGUGUGGUUUGGGGUUUUUUUUUUUUUCCUUGCAUAAAAAGAGAAACUCUUGUGCCUUCUCACAACUAAGUAAUUAAACUUCCACAAAGCUUCUAGGAUAUUUACAAAGCUAAUGCAGAAAAGACAAUGUAGAUAUUGCUGUAUAGUGCUUUGUAAUUUUGCUUACAAUUCUCAGCUACCGGGUUUUUUUGUUUUUUGUUUUCGUAUUAAAUAAACUUAGGGGAAAGGAAACAAAUUCAACACUGGCAAUUUUUUUAAAAGGGCCAAUUAUAAUAGGAAAAUUUCAGCUGCACGAUAGCAAGGUAUAAGUUGGCUGAAAGGUUGCACUGGCAUCUUAUCACCAGAUUUUUUAUUUUUUAGAAAAAAAGGUACAUUUUAUAUUUAAAAAAAUUGCAUUAAAAAAAAUACAAAGUAAAUAUGUCUACUCAAUGCAUCAGGCUACUGUUUAUUAUUUAAAAUUUUUUGACUCUUUACAGAAAGAUCUUGUGCUCAAAAGAUGGGGGGAAAUCAACUUAAAAGCCAUAGGUAUGAGUGUUUUAACUGUGGAUUUAUACAAGUAGGAGUGUAAAUAUUUUAAUCAGUAUUAUUGGACAAUAAAACAGUACCAACAACAAACUCUCAA